GGUGCUGGAACGGAACGUCAGCGGCGGGCUGUCUUGAAGGAGCUGACAGAACUGGGAGCAGGCAAUCCGCUUACUGAGCAUUCGAAUUAAACGUUCGCUGCAUUUCUCUUCUUGUCCGUCACGUAACGUUUGGUUAGUGGGCGUCUAGUUUUAAACGAGAAGACCUAGAGCACUCUCUGUUGUUUGUUGAGAAGAUCUAACAGUUAGAAAAAAAAUCUGGAAAUUAUUUGACCCGAGGACAUAUUUGGUGAAUCGAAAGGCAGAUUCCAGCUGAAAUGUCUGUUACAUUUGGGACUCAGUUGCACUUGCUUUUUAUAAUUCUAGCCAUCGAUGCUUCAGUGACGAAUAUACAUGGCCAAGAGUUGAGCACACACGUCAGCCACAGAGGAGGGGACUCCGAGGGCGAAAGAGAGCUCAGCCUGGACACGGGCGGCGGCGGUGGGCCGAUCGUCACGACGCAGUCUCCGCUGAGCGACCCUGCGCGGCAGCCGCGCCUGAAGGACCUACUGUUCCAUGAGUCGCUGCUCACCAAAGACUUCAGCGGAGACCAGCACUUCUUUGAGCAGCCGCCGGCCACCCCACCCUCCUCCUUGGCCCCUCGGUCCAACAGCGGUGACCCCUCCUCGUCUCACCACGUGCCCCACGAGGAUGCGCCCGCCUUUUCCGACAUCGCCACCACCGUCACCGUAGCCGCCACGACGCCUAUGACGACGGUCACCACGGCAGCAAGCAUCUCAGGGAGCCUGGUGUCCGUGGCGCGGAAGGGGACCACCAAAGGUGUGGACAGGACGGCUGAAAAGUCACCGCCGCCAACGACUCAGGCCUUGACAACACCUGUCAUUCAAACCACCUCCUCGCCAAUCAGUGUCCAGGGACACACUCAUUCGCCUUCAGUGGGGGCAGGACUCUCUGGUCCUAAACCAAUCAGCACAGAGAGCACGCUGGCGCCUCCAGCCCUGACAACCUUGAUCACACGGGACAAGUUCCGGGAUAAUGAGUCGGAGACAGCAAACGCUACAGGCAGCUCGAGUGCUGUCACAACAGUGAAAUCUCAGCCAUCAGCCAACGCAGAUGAGAAGACAACCACCAGCACCAUCACUACAACUGUCAUCACCACCAUACAGUCAUCAGCCCCAUGUACUAUGAACUUCACCGAUCCUGAAGGUUACAUUGAGAUGCCGCCACAGGACUCAGCCGGCUUUGACUCCACCAACGACUGCACGUACCUCAUCACUGUGUAUCUCGGCCACGGCAUCGAAAUACAGGUGCUGAACGUGAGCCUGCUGGAGGGAGCACAGGUGACGGUGGAGGACCUGGGGGUCCUGGAGCCAUCGGCCCUGGCCAACGCGUCCGCGCUCAAGACGGGCCUGGUGCUCCGCAGCUCCAGCAAUCAGAUCUCCAUCCGCCUGAGCAGCGAACAGAGGCAGCACCCCAGGUCCAUCACGCUACGAUACCAAGCCUUCGUUCUGAGCUGUGGCCUUCCAAAGAGGCCCGCCAAUGGUGAGGUGACUGUCAGCAGUCUCAGUGUUGGAGGGGAGGCCUUCUUCUUCUGUCUGACUGGCUACCAGCUCCAGGGCUUCUCCUCGCUCACCUGCCGCAACGCCACCACCCCCUACUGGACUGGCAGAGAACCCAAAUGCCAAGCCUCAUGUGGUGGGAUGAUUAAAAAUGCCACUCUGGGUCGCCUGGUCUCGCCAGGGUUUCCAGGUAACUACAGCAACAACCUGACGUGCCACUGGGUUCUGGAGGCCCCUGAGGGCCACAGGCUCCACGUGCACUUUGAAAAGGUGGCCCUCGCAGAGGACGACGACAGGCUCCUUAUAAAAAACGGGAACAACAUCGACUCCCCGGUGGUAUACGACUCCUACGAGGUGGAGUACCUGCCCAGUGAGGGCGUCCUGAGCUCAGACCGACACCUGUUCGUGGAGUUCACCACAGACGCUACCGGGACCUGCACUGGAGCGGCCAUCAGAUAUGAAGCUUUUCCACAUGGCUUUUGCUACGAGCCGUUUGUGAAGUACGGGAACUUCUCCAGCAGCGACGCGUCCUUCGGGGUGGGGGCAGUUGUGGAGUUCUCCUGUGACUCUGGCUACACCCUGGAGCAAGGCUCCGUCACCAUCGAGUGUGUGGACGCAGAGAACCCACAGUGGAACGACACUGAGCCAGGAUGCAGAGCUGUCUGCAGUGGAGAGAUCACAGACUCAGCUGGGGUUGUGCUCUCUCCGAACUGGCCCGAGGCCUAUGACAAGGGGCAGGACUGCAUCUGGGGCAUCCACGUGGAGGAGGACAAGAGGAUCAUGCUGGACAUCCAAGUUCUCCAUCUUGGUAAAAAUGACAUGCUGACGUUCUACGAUGGAGACGACCUGACAGCCAACAUCCUGGGUCAGUACAGCGGGGCGCUGCCGCGCUUCAAGCUCUACACCUCCAUGGCUGAUGUCACCAUCCAGUUCCAGUCUGACCCAGCCACCAACAUCUACGGAUACAACAACGGCUUUGUGGUACAUUUCUUUGAGGUGCCCCGUAACGAUACGUGCUCAGAGCUGCCUGAGAUCAUGAAUGGCUGGAAGAGCACGUCGCACCCCGACCUCAUCCAUGGCACUGUGGUAACGUACCAGUGUUACCCUGGCUACCAGCUGCAGGGCUCCGAGGUGCUCAUGUGCCAGUGGGACCUCACCUGGAGUGGAGAUGUGCCCAUCUGUGAGAAAGUGAUGGUGUGCCCUGACCCCGGCAUUGUGGAACACAGUCACCGGGUGAUCACCGGCUCUCGCUUCGUGGUGGGCUCCACCGUCCAGUACACCUGCAACAAAGGCUACUACCUGUCCGGGACUGGCCUGAUCACCUGCUACAGCCGAGACGUGGCAGAGCCCAAAUGGAGUGAGCGGCUGCCGAAGUGUGUCCCGGAUAAGUAUGAGCCGUGCAGAAACCCGGGCGCCCCCUCGACUGGACUCCAGAACCCAGAGAAAGCCUUCUACCAGGCCGGAGAGACCCUCAGCUUCUCCUGCAGGACCGGACAGGAGCUCCAGGGAGAGUCCAUCCUCCGCUGCGUGCCUGGACACCCCUCCCAGUGGAGUGGCACGCCCCCUGCCUGCAGAGCCUCCUCCUCAGAUUAUAUGAAUGAGCGGCGGCUAGAUGUUGACAGCUCUGACUCAGACACAGGCCCAGGCACCAACAUAGCCAUUGCAGUCAUGGUUCCAGUAGCAGUUGUUUUGUCAGUGAUCCUUGUGAUAUACAUCUACUUCUCAAAACUGCAAGGGAAACCUCUGCAGAUGCCCACCUCCUCACUGCCCCCCUACGACAACAUGACGGAGGAAUCGGCCUUCAGCAAUCCCAUUUACGAGACCGGAGUAAGUAUGGACGCCCUGAACCUCAGAGACGUGGACUCAGAGAACACCAUCGUCUUGUCCUGAACUUUCUCAUCACCACGACCCUGUCAAGCUGAGCGGAGCCGAGUUGGGCUGAACCAAACCGCUCAACUCCCUCUCAUCAUCUCCUGUGUGAACUGUAAUGUCAUCUCAUAUCAGGCCAACAGAGGGCGCUCUUCAUCCACAUCACCAGCACUCAUUCAGGCACAGUUUUUAUUCCUCAUCGAGACCCUGCAUGACCCUACAGAAACCCCCUCACUGUCAGGUCACUGUGUGUGUACUGUCAACCCUGAAGUGACCGUCAUGCUCCUUCCUUUAUCAUGUCAUGCUAUUUGUGUAAAUCAGUGUUUAAAAUAUUUCAUCAGAUCUGAUCACAUAGGGCAGAGAGAGAACAUUCUGACAAUAAGCUGCCUGAGUCAGGCAUGAGGAAUGUUUGACUCUGCAAAUCUACAUGCACUUUAAUAUAAAUGCAUUCUAGUUUGUAUUAUAUAGUUAAAAAUGUGCACGUUGAAGUUCUGUUAUCAAGUAAAACACAACAUGUGUUAAGGAGAAGUUGAAAAUUAAGUUGAAAAUGACAAUGAGUUGAAAGCAAAAGGUUAUUUAUUAAAGAUGCAAAUCCAAAUGUCGAGCUUAGGUCUAACUCUUUUUAAAUGUGAUCACAUAGUGAUGUUUGCUGCUGUUUAUUUAUAGAGACUGAAGUUUAUUUUAUUUGUUUUGCGGACUCUGACUGAAAUGCUUACACCAAAGCAAUGAGGCAUACCAGGAGGCAUAUUUGCUUUGUUUCUUUGAAUUUGCAAAACAAAAUCUAGAAAGAACACAGAACUGCAUAAACCAGACAAGGCAAUUACACUAAACGGACAGGGAAAGUUUUGGAGAUCCUAUUUCAAUCCUCUUCAAUGUAACAGAAUAUCACCUUUACUCAAACAUAUAGCUCAGUGCUUUGUACUUUAUUAGCUAUGUUGUUCCCAGUAUGUCUUCAUCUUAGUUUUCAUAAACAGAUCUGUGGUGUAAACACAUUGUCCAUUUCACUCCUUCCUCACAAACUCCCAGGAUGCACCUCUCUCUUCCAGACCCUAUUUCUAUUGGCCCUAGCUAGUAGUGCUUUUCAAUAAUCAAUACCUCUGUCUGUCUGCCUGUCUGUCUGUCUGUCUGUUCCUGCUCUGGCUGCACAUGUAGAGGAACCACGAGGUGAGGUCUCUCAUAGAGCCUGAAUGUCAGCACUAAGUCAUAUCACAACACCAACAAGCCACCAUCUGUCCAGCAUUUGUGUUGACUCCUUGCAACAGUUUUUUUUGUGUCGCUUUGUGUCGACCUUUGAAAACUCUGCAUCUGCAUUGUGUAUGGUCAGCAGCAUGAAAACACACACACACACACACACACACACAGACAAUAUGGGGGCUCAACAACCCAUAUUGUCAGCAGACGUCAAUCAAGACAUGUGAAUGUAUACAAUAGUAUACAGCAGUUCAUCAUCUUGUCUGUGUCAGAUUAGCAUUUGUUCUCUCAGUGUUUUGUUAAGUGUCUGUUUUUACAUGUGUCGUAACACUGUCUCUUUGUUUUCUUUUUGUCUCACUAUGUUUUGUAAGCGUGUGCAGGUAAACUGUGCAUCAUAAUUAGGGUUUGCUGUCUAUCUUAUUCAGUAUUGUCUCAUAUUACAUGUAAAUAAUGAAGAAUUAAGACAACCACUGUUCAAGGAGUUGAAGUAGUUUCUUUUAUCUCUGAUUUUUGAUGAGGUGACAUUUCAUGAAUACAUGUUUUACAUUGCAAUCGGACCUUGUUUUUGCUAUAUUGUUGCUAUUGUAUAAUUUAUGAAGGUCAUUAUAUUAUAGUUUAACUAAGGCAAUAUAAAAUCACUUCCCUGUCUGAUUCCUGAGCUCUUAAAUGAUCUUACUGGUAAUGUUUUUUUGACUUCCACAGGAAAGAAGACAAUAUGAGGUGUCCAUUUAGAGAAAGAAUGUUCAGGCAGGGAAGGUACUGUGCGCGCACAUACAAAUAAGGUCUUGACCUUGAGACCCCGAUGCCCUGUUCCCCUGCCUUUUCGUACUCUCCACCCCCGGAUCUUGUAAAUAUGUUGUCUCCAAAGGACCUAUACGAGCCAGCUCUGUACAGACCAGACUGUGAGCAACAUGGUAUUAUUUUUGUAAAGGUUCACUGACAAUGGCUUAUCCUCAUUGUGUUGUCCCUUUUUGCCGUUUCUGCAAGAGACCCCCAACAUUUUAAAAUUACACAAUUAUGAAGACUUCCAAUUAUCCUUUUGUUACUUCAGGCGCUAUGGUUCAGCUGAAACCUGCUGCUGGAUGUCUGUUAACUAAUUUGCAGUGGUUCCACAGGACCAUUGUAUACAUAUCGCAACUAAGUCUGUAUUUCACAAAAAAGCCAUUAUACAGAAUAUCUGCAUGGGGUUUUGUCUUUCCUAAGCAUUUUGUGAAUAAACUCAAUCUCCAAAAGGAAAUGUGUCUGGUGUUCUCACUACAAUUUCCAAACAGAGUUAUUGGAAUACAUGUGCAUUUGAACAAUUUUGUCCACAUUGUUAAUUUGUACACGUUUUACACUGUGUACACGGAUGACCAAGGAUUAUUUUUGUCACAGGGUACUAAUCAUGUUAGGGCCUACAGGGACUAAAACAGUUGUGUUAUCUCACCACAGCCAUGCUGUAGAUGUCCUAUUAA